AUGCUCCACCAUGGCGUAGGUCGAACGGGCCUAGUCUCGCGUUUUCUUCGUCAACGAUUCAGAUGGCUUCCCCGAGACUCGCUGCUGCUGCCCAGUUCUGCACCUUCAUUGAUCCGCUUCAACUCCAAUUCACCAACGCCUCCAGAUCGAGAUCGGCUCACCGCACUAAAGACACCGCUGAAACCGCUCUUUGACAAGUCGAUAUAUUCAAUUCCAAACCUUUUAACCUAUACUCGGAUCAUAGCGACUCCUUUCAUCGGGUACCAUAUCGCGUGCGGCAGCUCGACCGUGGCAAUGCUGUUAUUCACAUAUUCGUGUAUAACCGACUACGUCGACGGAUAUAUAGCGAGGAAAUUCAACAUGAAAUCCGUGGUGGGCUCGAUUAUAGACCCGCUCGCCGACAAGCUUUUGAUGACAGUCACCACGUUGUCGUUGGCAUAUGUGCAUGCGAUCCCUCCGGCCAUCGCGUCGAUCAUUAUCGGCCGCGAUGUGUUGUUGCUGUCGAUGGCUACUUAUUACCGCAUCAAGAGCUUGCCCAAGCCGAGAACCUUUGACAAGUUUGUUAGCAUUGGGCAGGUACCGACCAUCAGCGUGCACCCGAACUUGUUGGGCAAAGUCAACACGGCGUUGCAGAUGCUAUACAUUGGAGGCUUGGUUUACAGGCCGCUUUUGGACAAUAGCGGCAUGGCCGUCGACGUGGCGUUUGACGCUUUGGGGUUGAUAGUUGGCGCCACCACGUUGCUCAGUGGGGCUUCAUAUGUCUUUGGCAAGAAUUCAUGGAAAUAUGUAAAAUAG